UUGAAGGACAAGUUUGUCCUGCCAUCCCGUCUAACACGGUCCGUUCGCACAGCUGGAGGAAGCCGAGGCCCUUUUCAGACCCAGCCAACCGGUUUAUAGUACUUGAAGAGGAACCUCAUUUUCCCUUUCACUCAUUCCCCUCAUUCCUCCUUCCCACAUUCCAAGAUCUUUUUUACCAGACUACAUGCCGUUGUAAACGGUCGUCGAACCCGGUGUCUCUCAUCUGCCCGCAUACCCAUAUUCGGCUAUAAUCUGCAUCUUCACCUUGCUAGCGCUUCACCCUGCUGAUCCUUCAUCGACGAAACAUCCAAAGCACUCUCUGUCUCUGUCUCCAUCUCUCCGUCAUCCGUUGACACCUUCCCUGCUACCGGGGACCCUUACCCACACUUUCUCUCGCUUACCGACAGAACCUCAAAACGGCUUCCUGACCAUCUCGACUUGAACCCUCCCUAGCUACCUACUACGCCUUGUCAUCUUCCUCUCUGUCUCCUUCCGGACAUCUCGCAUCCGCGCCCUCAACUCCCCCCCUUCGACAUAUACAUACAUAAACACACGCCCAGCGCGAGCCAUUAUGCCUUCUUCCAGCCAAAAGUCAGAUGUCGCGUCCUCCCUCUCCAAACUCUCAAUAGACAGCUCCAAGAAGACACUCGCCGCCAAAAACGUCAAGGAGCCGGUGGCAGACUCAUGGGAAGAUGAGGACGUAGACGAUGGAGAAGAAGUAGAAGAAGAAGAAGAAGAAGAAGAAGACCGUGAGGCGGCAAAGCCCCAAACAGAUGGCUCCAAGGCUCCGCCGCCGACCCCCAUCUCUCCAUCCUACAACACGGCAGACCGGUCCUUCUCUCCGUACGGGGCUGCUGACUCCUCUUCUGCCCUUGGCGCUCCGCCGCCGGCAGACGGCGACCGCAUCCGCCGACCAGAAAAGACGGACGCCGUGGCGCGGCGCAUGAUCGCAAGCGCCCUCGGCGUUAAGGUGCCCCGCAUGACGGAGGAGCAGCGGGCCUACGACCGGGCCGUCAAGGAGAAGGAGCGCAAGCGCCGGGACGAGGAGAAGGCCGCCGAGAAGCGGCGGCUGGAGGAAGCCGAGAAGGCCAAAGCCGCCAUCUGGGAGGACUAGGGGGCGGUGUGUCGACCUUAUCCUUGGACAGUUUGGUGACCUGCGCAACAACGUCGCCAUUACAUUUCCUGCCCUAUUUCACU